ACGUGAAGCGACACGUGUCGCGGCCAACCGGUUGCCUCCGUUAUGACAUGGCUCGUGUGACCGCCAUGUCAUCCUCCUGGAGUCUUGGUCUCUAAAAACCAUACAUACAUCCACAUACAAGGCGCUCUUGCGCAAAGAGAUCGCCCCAUUUUGCCAAUGCAUGCUUAGAUCUUGGAGCUCCUCAGGGUUUGUGUGAUCGAUCGGGCGCCUGGAGGAGCAUUGGCGCCGCUCGCUGGGGAUCGAUCAUGGCAGCGGCCAAGCAAAGGGGAGCGUCGCCGUUUAGGUAUUCGGUGAAUGGAAAUCUCUUCCAACAGCAGCAGCACCAGGGAUCGUUCGGGCAAUCGAUGAAUUCCCCGAGAAUGCUGCCGCCGCCGUCGUCCGGACGGAGGAGCAGCGGUGGCGGCUCGGCGGGAUUCAGGGCUUUGUCUCAGAUGAGCAGCAAUGGUGGGAGAGUCUCUUCGCAUUUCCUGGCAUCGUCUUGCUCGUCGCCGCGCUUCUCCCAGGAUGCCGGGACAAUGCAUUCCGAUGAGAGUGUGGAUUACGGCAAGGAGAAUAUCUCUGUGACUGUUCGAUUUCGCCCCAUGAGUGAAAGGGAAAUUCAUCGCGGGGACGAUGCUGCGUGGUACGUGGACGGCGACAUUGUCCGGAGCGAGUUCAAUCCUUCUGUUGCUUAUACAUUUGACAAAGUCUUCGGGGCCAGCGCGACCACGAGAAAUGUUUACGACACCGUAGCACGAAACGUGGUGCGCGGCGCGAUGGAAGGGAUCAAUGGAACUGUUUUCGCUUACGGUGUGACCAGUAGCGGGAAAACACACACAAUGCACGGCGACCAAAAUUAUCCAGGAGUGAUUCCACAAGCUAUCAAAGAUGUUUUUAGUAUCAUCCAAGAGACCCCAGACCGGGAGUUUCUCUUGCGUGUAUCUUACCUUGAAAUAUACAACGAAGUCAUAAACGAUUUGCUCGAUCCGGCAGGGCAAAAUCUUCGCAUUCGGGAGGAUGCUCAGGGGACUUAUGUUGAAGGGGUUAAAGAGGAGGUUGUGCUGUCUCCAUCUCAUGCUCUUUCACUCAUUGCAGCUGGAGAAGAGCAUCGGCACGUUGGAUCAAACAACUUCAACCUGUUCAGCAGUCGAAGUCAUACCAUCUUUACCUUGACAAUUGAAAGCAGUUUACGUGCUCAGGGGCCGGACGAUGAAGUCACGUUGUCCCAGCUGAAUCUUAUCGAUCUUGCAGGAUCUGAGAGCUCUAAAACUGAAACCACUGGCUUGCGUCGAAAAGAAGGCUCUUACAUAAACAAGAGUCUUCUUACCUUGGGAACGGUAAUCGCGAAAUUAAGUGAAGGAAAAGCAUCACAUAUACCAUAUCGUGAUUCCAAACUGACAAGGCUUUUGCAAUCUUCGUUAAGUGGCAAUGGUCGCAUAACACUUAUUUGUACAAUUACACCUGCUUCCAGCAAUAUGGAAGAGACACACAACACUCUUAAAUUUGCCCAGAGAGCUAAGAGAAUCGAGAUUUAUGCCGCUCCAAACAGGAUUAUGGAUGAAAGAUCGCUGAUAAAGAAAUAUCAAAAGGAGAUCACUAAAUUAAAGCAAGAAUUGCUGCUUAUUAAGAGAGGCAUGACAGAACGACCAUAUGCUACGACAAACCAAGAAGAUCUAUUAACGCUUAGACAACAGCUCGAGGCCGGGCAGCUGAGGAUGCAGUCUAGAUUGGAAGAAGAGGAACAAGCUAAAGCAGCUUUAAUGGGACGAAUUCAUAAGCUCACAAAGCUUAUACUAGUCUCCACGAAGAAUAAUUUGUCAGGUUCGUUUCCCGACGUUGCUCAUAAUAGAAGGCAUUCCUUUGCGGAGUCGGAAGAGAGAUACGAUGAACAGUCGGAUCUAGAUACUUCUUCAUUUCCACCGGAUCGGUGUACUGAUUCCAGCAGUAUUGACUUAGGAAACGGGCAGGAGCACGACAUAGCAGAUCAAAUCGAUCUUACACGAGAGCAAGUCAAGAUGCUUGCUGGAGAAAUUGCAUUACGCUCUAGUUCGCUAAAGCGACUAACCGAACAAGCAGCAAACCAUCCAGACGAUGUUGAAAUACAGGUACAAAUUGGCAAGCUUAGGGACGACAUUGAAGAUAAGAAAAGUCAAAUGCAACUUUUAGAGCAAAGAAUAACAGAGCUUGGAGAAAGAUCCUCCUACCCAGAAAUGUCCCAGGCGAUUGAAAAACUCACGAGUCAGCUAAAUGAGAAGGCCUUCGAGCUUGAGAUCAGAACAGCAGACAACCGUGUUCUUGAGGAACAGUUGCAAUCAAAGGUGGCUGAAAUUAAGGAUUUGCAAGAAAAAAAUGGUCGCCUUCAACAACAACUUCAAGAAGCUCUGGAGAAGGCUAGCCAUCAAAAAAUAGUUCUUGGACCCCAAACGACGAACUGCUUGAUUGAGGCAAACGACGCCGGGAGCUGGCUACAUCCCGAAGAGCGACUAUGUGCUGAAAAAGCCAUCAAAACGGUCGUUUCACAUCAAGAGAAUUAUCCUAAAAAGAAAGAAACAGAAGAUGUGAUUCUGAAGGCUGAAAUCGAGGUACUGAGCCAGGAAAGGAGUCGUUUGUCAGAAGAAAACAACUGCUUACAAAUGAAGAAUGUCAAACUGGAAGAGGAAGCUUGUUAUGCCAAGGACCUGGCAGCUGCAGCUGCUACUGAAAUUAAAGACUUAACCGAACAAAUCAAGAAGUUGGUGUUUCAAAAUACGAGACUUUCAAAUGAAGCUUUGAGUAUCACAUGUCAAGUCCAAGCUCUCAAGGAGGAAGUGCGAUCUAAGAGAGAGAAGCAAGCAUAUCUAGAGCAAACAGUUUCAGAGAAGCAAGCCCUUGAGAAGGAAUUAAAGAGAAAGCUUGACGAAUCAAAGCAGCGGGAAGCCGACUUGGAAAACGAUUUGGCGAGCAUGUGGGUUCUGUUAGCAAAAAUGAAAACGAACGACCCUCCGACCAGUGGACCUGUUCAAGAUGUGGUCGAGAUCACAGAAUGUAGGCCAGAACGUAACGUCUCAACCGCCGUUGCUCCUAUAUCACCACAAAGUGUAGAAUCGGCAGCGAACAUACAGAAAAUCAAGGAACAACAUCAAGAGCUGGAGAGGCUUAGAACAAGCGGCUCAGAGGACAAAGAAACUGAUGACUUGAAGGCGCUCGUUGCUCAGCUCAAGGGAGAGUCCGUAGAGGAGCUGAACGCCAGUGAACUGGAGGACCUACAGGCCAUCCAUAUCGAAGCUCUAACCAAGCUAAGCAACGCCAAGGCCAGGAUCCAAGAGCGAAGGAAACUCGAGCGACUCCAACGGCCAACCGCCGAUGCCCCCACUCUCAACUUGCAGCUCUACGACGAAGACAAGCACGCGCACGUUUGCAAAGUUUGCUUCGAAGCCGCCACGGCCGCUGUUCUUCUACCCUGUCGCCAUUUUUGCUUGUGUCAACCGUGCGCAGUCGCGUGCACGGAAUGCCCGCUUUGCAGGAGCGGCAUUAGCGACCGAAUCGUCACAUUUGCAUCGUAAGGUUCGUUUCCAGUUUAAAGUACAUAGACGUUUCGCUGCUACAUAACUCCCGAAAUUCGAGCUCCUCCAACCAUCGAUCGAGCGAGCUCGAAGAUUUUUACCUGGAAGCUGUUAAGUAAUGUUCGCUACUUCCAGAAAAAAAAAACGAAAAAAAUGAGAAUCCAACGCCGCGAAGAUUUCCUUCGACUGAUUUUGCUCAGCGCCGGUCAAUGAUACAAGAUGACGCCGGUCAAAAGAUACUUUGCUUAACAGUAGUACUAAAAUAAGCUUAAUCGAAGAGGCCAAAGUGCGAUUAACGGAAAAA